CGGUGUGCUGAGGCGUCGUCAUUGGCGAUGAGAGAUAAUGGCCUUUUCUAUGACAAUACUGACCAGAUAUUCCAGAACCAUUGCUGGCGAGUUACCAUUCGGUUCUCCGACGGGUUGUUCCCCUUGUCGGCAGGCAUUCAGCAUGGCGUGUGUGGCAUCGAUCCUCCGCUGCGGUCGUUCAGGGACAAAUUUCAAAUUUCAGAGCAGCAUCCAGGGAUGAACAGCUUGGCAGUGCAAAGCACACAUGAACAAACAGACAAGCAGACACAAACAUGACGAGAGAUGGGGAGGAGAUCCCCUCCAUGCUCCUGUUUCCAACAAGGAGAGGGUGGACAACCAUGAAGUCGUUUCAUUCGAAAGCAUGUCUUGCGAAGGGCAUGCUUGCUAUUACUUCCAUGGGACUGUUGGCGAUGCUCUUAGUAUCUGCAAUAUACAUGAAGGACAGCCCGUCCAUAAAUUCCGACCCUGGUCCAACGAACAUUGCGGCAGAAGAGAACAGCUACUCGUGCAGGUCGUGGCGCACCUCGGUUAGUCACUGCCCCUCGCCGGCCUUCGAGUCGUUUUACAAGACCUACACUGCGCGGGCAUCGGCAGUUCUGCGCUCUGGCAAUUUUUCGAAUGCCCAGUUCCUUGUUCAUGUCUCAGGGCCAUGGGGCGUAGGAAACCGGCUGACCUCACUGGUUUCCGCCUUCCUGAUCGGUUUCUUGACGGACCGCAUUGUUCUGACAAACUAUCCUGAUUUUUACCACUUUUAUGAUCCGGAAGGCCUGCCGGACAUUCACUUGAAUACGUAUGCCCAACGGUUGGAAGCUGAUCCGAGGUUCGCGGCGGAGGAUUCGAACCUUACCCUUCAGUGCACGGACGAGUUGCCUGAGCUCCUCGCAUCGGGUAACCUAUCGCGAGUCUGGGAAAGCAAGCAUAACAUCAUGUUCUGGUGCCAGGACUACUCGCUUCCCUAUCUUUUGGUGAACCCUGUGUACUCCAACAUCCUGAGCAAUUUCUUUCCGUCUUUCGAGCCGUUCCACGACAUCGCAACCAAAGUGUUGAGGCCGAGCAUGCGGAUGCAAGAGGUGGUGAACUCGUUCGUGAAGAUGAACUUCAUCAAGCACAAGCAGAUGAUCGGCGUGCAUGCUCGCUUCUUAAAGCAUAUUCCCAGGCAUAAGGUUCCAUUGAGUGCGGUCUACAGUUCCUUUGCCGAGUCGCUGCAACUUAGAUUACACUUGCCGGAUCGCGAUGUGGGCUUCUUCAUUGCGACAGACAGCAACCACGAGCGAGAAGAGAUCAUGCGGCAAAUCAAGGGUUCGACGGCCAUGAUCACAGCCAAGUACGUAUAUUACUUAAGGUCAAAUAAGCUGGAGGAGUAUCACACCUUUGACAAUCCGGGGACGGAGGAGUCGGCACACACCGACCUGUUUCUGCUUGCCUCGUGUCAGCACCUUGUGGUCACUUUCUCGAGCUCGUUUGGCCAAGUGGCAGCUGGACUUGGCGGCAUCCCUGCGUACUCUGUCAUUGGUGCGCCUGAAGACGGGUGGGGAAGCCAUGUUGCUUGGGUUGCGGCCGGUGCGAGUUCGGAGCCGUGUCCAUACCUCAUGAAGAGAAUGAUGGAGGUGAAGUGGGAUGAACCAUGGGCCCACAGAUUCAGAACCCUGCCCUCAUGGGUCCAUUACUCUCAAUGCCAUCACUAUUGCUGACGGCUCGAGCAAGCAUAAAAGGUACGUACGUGUUUCCGAUCUUAUCUCGCCGAGAGGGUUGACGUUCACAUCAGCUGUCCACCCAGGCAAGGAGAGGGGAGGGGCUCUGAGUGGUACUUCCUUCUUCACUGCACUCUCCUUGUCGCUUCCGUGUGACGUGUUGACACAACAGCGCUUCGGUUCCGGCUCUGGUGAUUACCUGGUUGCCUGAUUUCUAUACUUACCUCCCUCCCUCCCUCCCUCCCUCCUUCCCUCUUUCCCUCUUGCCCUCUUUCCUUCCUCAUCCCGUGCCUUCGCUUCCCUUUUUCUGAUCACUAUGUUAUGAAUCAAAUAGGCUUAUUAUUCGGUGUCGGGCUAUGCCAUGUCUUUUAUGAUGUUUUUGCGCUCCUUUAGUAAGUGUCCAUAGAGGAGGGAGGAGAAGGUUGCUUUUUCUCCAGCUCCAGGACGCGAUGACUCAGUAGUCGUAAGUAACUCUUGCUCGAGUUCUCUUCGGUCGAUCUGCUUCCCUUUCUGAUUUCAUUUGCAUGAAAAUGCAGUGAUUAUAUCCCCUAGGUAGCCUCAUGGCUCCUUGUUCUGAAAAACAUGGCCUCAUCGUCGCAACCCCAGCUCCAGGAUGCGAUGACUCAGUCGUAGUAAAACUAACUAACUGUCGCUCGAGUUCUCUUAGGAAGAGAGAGCGGUAGGUAGAACCAAUCCGCACUUUCGGAUUCCGUUUUACGUGAAACGCAGUGAUGCUAUGCUAUGCUAUCAAAAGCCGCAUGGCUCAUUGCUCGGAAUAACAUGACCUGAGUCAUGGUCGUGUCGUGCUGCCUUUCAGUUAUGGGAAGCACAAGCGUUGGCUUCUUUUCUUUGUGCUUGUCAUCAGUCGAUGGCUGUAACCCGUAUUCCUUUGUUUACGUGGCUGCAGCGCACAUCUGGCACACUUUCUCUAUUGGUGUUUGUCAUCAUUGCCUUUGUAUAAACAUGAUUUAUUCUCUCUCUGUUGAUGUCGUUUGCUUACCACUGCUGGUAGCAAGGCGAUGUCUGAAAAAGGAGAGAAGGAAGAGGGAGGUGAGUCUACUGUUUCACUUUUGCCGGUUCAGGUGCGCCUUUGACUGACGUCAGUACCGUGUGGAUUACUGGCGGUCUGUUCCCAACCUUUUUGAGUCAUCAUUGAUUUACGUUUUAUCAGAGUUUAUUUAUAGAUCGGACGGAGAAACUCGAAUUCGCUCGGAUGGUGAAGAAUGUGUGGUGGGUGGGCACUGGUGGCUAGAUUCAGGAUUACUCACACUACUUUUUUACUUGUUUCUGGAUGUAAUUGCAGUCGUAUACAUCCAUGUUGGGCGUAAAUGCGGUCAGGCACAUUCGGGAUAGAGCUAAUGUGAGUGCUCCCACAGAAGAUUAUCGACUUUGGCAAUUGGUCUGAAAAAAUUCUACAGCUCAGCAGUUUUAGUGAAGCCAGCCAAAUGUCCCUGGGGCUUUGGCCGAAUUGGGCAAGCUUACGGGCAAUAAGGUCUUGAUGGUCCUAAUUGGCAGUUUUUGGGGGACAUGCCAGCGGCAGAGGAGACGGGUGUCCUUGUUUACCGUGGCGGAAGGGCCUACGGGUAUCGGCAGUUUUUUGUCAAACAUUCCUUUCCCAAUGAUAUUGGAGACAGCGAGGGGGCGGGUCUUUGCACAAGGACCGUAGUUGACGUCCAUCGUCCGUGUUUUUCUUGUGGGACCUUUACGGAGGUUUUCGCUGCGAUGCUCGCCAGCUA